GAUGCAAUAACAAAUACCUCCUUCAUUUUUUGUUAGCAAUUUAAGCUGUAUGUCUGCUAAAUUCAGUCCAUUUGAUAUUGACAAGAUAGCAAUUACCUGUGCUGAUAAUUUUGGUAUUUAAGGUAAAGGACGUCUAAUAAUUGGAUAAAUCCAACCAAAUUAGCCAAUUAAGAUAUUGUUUUAAAGUGAAGAAAGUGAUGCUGUUUUUGAUUGUAGUUGGAAUGAAGCUGAUCCAAAUGUAAUAGCUAUAGGAUGUGGAAAUGGAAUUGUUAAAGUUUUAAAUGCAGGAACAUAAUAAAUUCUCACUUAAUAUCUAGAAUCCAAAGAAGAAAUCUAAAGUGUAGAAUUUGGACAUAAAAAUCCUAAUUGGUUAUUAGCAUCAAAUUUGAUUGGAAUAACUAGAUUAUUUGAUAUUACAGCUUAGAAACCUGUUGCCUAUUUUUAAACUCACAAAGGAUGUGCUUAUACAUGUACUUGGCAUCCAAUUUAAUAAAAUAUAUUUGCUACAACUGGAAAUGAUGGUGCAAUGAGAUUAUGGGAUUUGAAUAGUCCAUCAAAUAAGAAUAUUGCCUCAAUAAAGGCUCAUAUGUCAGAUACAUUAAGUUGUGAUUUUAAUAAAUAUGAAGAACUUAUUGCAACAUCAUCAGCAGAUAAAACAAUAAAAUUAUGGGAUCUUAGAAAUCUAAAGUAUAUUAUUAUUGAUUAAUAAUAAAUAGAGCUCCUAUUUAAACUUUAUUAGGACAUAGACAUCCUGUUAGAAAAGUUAAAUUUUCACCACAUGAGGCAAUUAUUUUAGGUUCUGCUUCAUAUGAUAUGAGUGUAAUGAUUUGGAAUAUAUAAGAACCAUCAAAUCCUUUGAUGUAAUAUAAUAUUUAUAAUAAUAGUAAAAAUCAUCCAAAACAUACAGAAUUUGUUGUGGGCCUUGAUUUUUCAAUUCAUACAGAGAAGUAGAUUUGUUCAGCAAGUUGGGAUGGAAAAGCAAUGAUUUGGUAAUGGGAUUAGGAAUAACCAACAGUGUGAGUUUAGU